GUCCUGAGUAAUAUGGUCAGUGUGACCUAUGUUCUGAGUGGACACAGUGGUGACCUUGAUAAGGUCUUCCUUGACAAAUCUAUGAUCAUGAAGACCAACACAGACGCAGCAUCAGAUGCAUACCUGUGUGAACAGUUCCUGAUAACAGUGUAUCCCGACCGUAAUAAGCUGGACUACACCUACUUUGUCAAGAGACCUCCUCUUGGUGAGGCAAUCAAGAGGCUAGAGAAACUCUCUACCUGGGAGCCUAAGGUGUCGCAGGUAGAAAUUCCUGGUCCCAUUGGACGCCGUCUGGACAGAAAGCUGUCGGUAAACACUCGACAAGACACAGUAAGUUGAAUGCUGACAUCUUUUGUGA